CAUCCAACUGUAACACUGGUACUGUAUCGUUGAGCGAGAAAAGGUCUUGAGGAGAGUAAACUGCGAGUAAUUUGUUGUGAUUGUAUGAAAUGUGUUUGUUUCAUCAUGGGAAUAUUCAAAGAACAUAAGUAUCUUUAGUUAUGUAAAGUUUGUUCCGAAUUUUAGUGGCCAAAACUAAGACUCGGAGCAAGAAAUUCUUACAUCGAGAUCUAACUUGCAAGUUGCCUGAAAUAUGUGCCAUUGAAUACAUAAUUACAAACUGUUGCAAAAAAAUAAUGGAAAUUUAAAACUACAACUCACAUGUAUAUCUUCACCAAAUUACUUGGCCAACCUUUCUGAUGAAAAAUUGAAUCUGAGAAAGGCAGUCAAAAUGUAAAAUAUCAGUGUCAAAUUCCUGUGAAAACAAAAUCUGCAAUGAGUACAAUAGGACAGUUUAUUACUAGAGCAGGUAGUCCUCAUGAAAACAAUCUCUAACAGUUACAAGAUGACAAGUAUUGGUGGAAUAGAUAAUCCUUGUGAAAACAAAAUCUUCAAGAAUUUCAAUAUGACAAAUUUCAUUGGAAUAGAAAAUAUUUGUGAAAACAAAAUGUCCUAUGAUGACAAUAAGAUGACAAAUAACAGUGGGAUACAUAAUCCUUUUAAAAACAGUGUUUCCAACAGUGAUUGUAAGAUGACAAAUACUAGUGUGAUAAGUCUGUGUGAAAAGGACUAUGUUGAAAAGUUUACUGAAACAUGUAUAGAUGCAUGUAAAAAGUUACAAACAUCUAGUAACUGUGACAUAGAAAAGAUUACAGAGAGAAUAGAUUCUAUUUCACUAAAUGAAACAGAUAAUAAAGGAAGUAAAGAUCAACAAGAAUCAAAAAACACAUCUAGGUCAGAUUUCCUUUCUGAAGAAGUUGAACAUCAUUCAGAAGAAAAAAUUGUAGUGCGAGGACCAGUUAACAUUAAUGAUGACAAAAGAACUGCAUAUCCCUCCUCCAAGAAACUCGUAUCAACAAAUGUUAAAUCCAAUAUCCAGAAAGUAUUGAAUAAUAAGAAUUUCUCAGAAGUUUUGUCAAUUACAACAAAACCCUUUAUGUCUGGAGGUAUUGUCAUUAGUCAAAGGUUGGAACCUGAAAGCCAACAUCUAUCCAUAGGGGCUACCUACAGUGUACAUUCUCCUGAUUCUUCCACUAGUCCUGGAAGUUUUUAUUCCAACAAUUUAACAUCCCCCUUUUCUGAAGAAUUACAGAGCCCUUUUUCAGAUGUAUCCUGUGCUAGUGAGUUGUGUGGUGAUGAAAGCUGCAUUGAUUUGUUAGAUAGUAGUUCUCCUGUUCCAGAAAAUAUUUGGGAAUUUGUUAUGGAGUGUGAAGAAAACCAGCACUGUAAUAAUGUAAUAAAUAAAUCUGAUCCAAGUAUUUCUAAGUCAUGUAAAGGUUGGGAUGAACAUAUUUUGUUUCAGAAGUUCAUUCAGGACAAAGACAAUUUGCAACAACCAAAUGAGACCUCUAGCCAUUCAGAUGAUUAUAAUUCUUUUAAAAACUUUAUUGAAUCACAAGAACAUGCAUUAAAGAACUAUUCCACUGAUUUCAAAUGUCAACAAUCAGACAGUUUUAAUUCUACAUGUAACCCUCAAAACUCCAUGGGUUCUGUGACAUCUCAGUCCAUACUUUAUUCAACUUCAAAUGCUCACUGCUCUAGCUUUGAACAAAAUUCCUUUUCAGAUCUUGACAGUUUCCCCAUCCAAAACCCCACUGAUAUUCAUGACUCUCUGUCAGUUAAUCAAAGUGAUAUAUUCCAAAAAUCCAACAUUAUACCUGAUGCAUCUUUUAACCUUCCCAGCACAUUUCAGAAUCAAAGCAUUCAUUGCGAUUCUUCAUCAAAUUACUGUAACUAUAUUCUUCAAAUUCCAAAUACAUCUUUAUUAGAUAAUAAAAAUACUGUUGUCCAAGUCCCAGUAACCAAUGUAUCAGUAGAUUGUUCACCUUAUUCUGAAAAUACCCGUACUCAACAAAAAGCAAAUGUGAAUAAAAUGCAGAACUAUUCCGAUGAUGUCAAAGUUUCUUUAAGUAACCAAGACCUAUCCCUCCAAAAUUUCAGUAUUGUAGAUUGCAGUAAGAGUUGUGGUUUUCAAAAUACUAGCAGUGUACAAAAGGGCUUUUCUUCUCUUCAAGAGCAGCAGCUUAUUGUCAGAGACAAUACUUUGUCUAACCAGAAUUUUGUAACUGAGUUUAUAGAAACUAUUGAUUUAGCUACAACCAGUAAUGCACUACAAAGCUCUUGCACCACACAAAUUCCAGGUUCAAUUACAACUAAUAGUUCGUCCCAAAAUCCUGAUAAUGCACAGAUUGUAGAUUCAACAGAAUUUAAUAAUCCAGCACAAAAUUUUAAUGCUACAAAAACAAACUGUGAGUUACAGAAGAAUUCAGUUUCUGAAAAUUUCAACACAACUGUAUCAUCAUGCAUAGGAAAUGAUAGCAAGCACAAUUUUCAAAGUCACAAUUCUAUUCCAGCUGCUAUUAGAGAUAACUGUAAAAGAGUGCCUCAGAUUUUAUCACAGCAAAAUUGUGUGAAUGGAAGCCUAUCCACUGUAACUUGGAUUAUAUCAAACAAAGUUUUACCUAGAACCAGGCGAAUACUUCCUAAACCUGAUAAAAACCAAGUCGUCAGUGAAUCUUCAGACAGCUGUCAAAUGCUUCUUUCAACUCAAAAUUGCAAGGUAACAUCACAAGUGAAAAAUAGAAAGGAAAGAUUUGGCCACAAGUUUAAAUAUAAAGGUAGUGCCUUGGAAGAAUUACGAAAGACUAUGAACUCUAAAGACAUAGACAAGUAUUCUUUGAAAGUUAAUCUAAAGAUGGCAAAUGAACCAGAAAAAAAUGAAUUUAUUUUCAAAAUGGAUGAGUAUGGAAGCUUCAUACAUCGUGCAAUCAAAACAAACAACCUUGUCCAAACCUUUGUGCUGUUGAAAAAUUGGAAACUUGUAAGAGAAAAUCAGAGAAUUAACUAUAUCAAGGAAAUCAACAGUCAAGACAAGGAUGGAAGGACACUUCUUCACUGUGCUGUACUUGGUAUGCCGCACACUCCUCUUCUCACAAAAGCAAUCCUUGAGCUUGGAGCUGAUAUCACAAUUAAAGAUGCCAAAGGAGAAUCUCCACUUCAUUAUGCUGCUUGUAGAGGAUUAGACUUUGUGGAAGUGUUACAAGUAUUAACUGACAUGUCAGGAAAUGUAAAUAUCAAAAAUUCAAAUGGUCAGACACCCUUACACUAUGCAGUUUUGAAUCAUGGUGCCAAACACAAGAAUGAAAAAGAGAAGUCCGACCAAAAUGGUGUGGUUGAUAACUGUACCACAAUCAGACUUCUUCUGGAAAAGAAGGCACUUUUAACAUGUCAGGACUCUCAAGGACAAACUCCAAUACACUAUGCAGUACGAAAUCAUAAAGGAAUUGAAAUAUUGAAGCUGUUCAACAAACAUUCUCCAGAAUGUCCCAAAGAAGCUAUCAACAUUCAAGAUGUAAAUGGGCAAUCAGCACUUCACUUGGCAGCAAAAGAUAGCUUGUCAAAUAGCACAACACACUUGGAGCUAGUGAAAAUUCUAAUAGCCAAUGGAGCUAUGACUCAAGUGAAAGACAAAAAUAACAAACUGCCUAUGGAUUUGGUUCCAGAAGGUAAUAGAGAGGUGGUCAGUGUGCUCCAAAGUAUAUGGACUAGAAAUGGUUGGAUAGUGCAAAAUAGUACUGUGAACACCAAACAUCCAAACCAACCGUAACUAUUUGUAUCAUAAUGACAUGAUUUCUUGAAUCUACAGUAAGCCAUGAAUUGAAAGGAAACAUUAUAUUUUAUGUUCAUUGUAUCAUGGUCUUGUGCUAAUCCUGGUGUCUAAAUUUCAGUCAGUGUUAUUGUAGUUAUUGAAUGCAUCGUUGACAAAAAUAGAAGAUAGAUAAGUUCACAGGCAAAAAUCAAUAGGUUAAUACGGUGAAAAUAAAAUCAACAUGACAAGGGUUUUUGGUAAAAGUAAACCUUAUAACUCUCCAUAUUUAUCAAGCCUAUUUACAGUUAGCAGUAAAUAUCUUUUACAAAAGUCAGAUAACUUCAUUGUGCUGUCAGUAAUGCAAUUCCCCUUUCCUGCAGUCCAGAUCAAUGGAUAUAAGAAAGUGUAGUUGAAUAUAUAUAUAAAGCACUUGAGGAUUUCCAUAUAGACCAUGAAUGUGUUGCUCAUAAUCUCUGAUCAUACAUAUUAGGUUAUUAAUGCUACUUUGUGCAAAUUAGCAUUCAAUAAGAACCAGAAUAUAGAUAGAUGUUAGAUAUAAUGUUAGCUACACUUAAAGGAAUUGAAAUUUUCUUAAGUUAAUAUAUUUUUCUACUGCAUAAGUGUAAUGUUUAACACAGAUAUACAUAUAUUGACUACAAAUAGACAACUGUGCAUAAAAAAAAAGUACUUGCUGAUUAAAAUUUUAGCAAAAAAACAACCAAUAAACAUUACAGUGGGCUAACCCUAGUUUGUAAAUUUGUAUAUGGAACGCUAUUACUACCAAUAAAGUACUCAGUCACCUCCAAAUAGGAAUGUGAUAUAAAGUGUUGUAUACCUGUAGGAUUAACUUGCUAAAAAAACACUGGGCUUUUAAAAUGUAGAUUUCACUCUGCUCACGCUAGCUGAUUGCCACACUUGGAAAUGUGAAACUAAACUCAAUGUGGCAAAUCUAAAUCACCUUUAAUUUGCCACAAAAGUGAAUAUCAAUUCAUUAUUACUCUUUAAGGUAAUCUUGACAACAAAAGUCACUGCUGAACAUCACAUAAAAGCACACAGCACAAUCAAUGAGAGACUUUACCGAAUGAAAAUUUUAAACUUUGGACAAUUUUCAUGACAGAAAAUUCAAGGAAUCUCUUUUGAUUCAAUCCAGAUGCCCUUCCAUUAGUAGGUACAAUACAAUGCCUGGCCCCCCCUUAUAAUACUUUUUCUUAAAUUUUUAACUUUUACCAUUACUUCUAGCAUGCUUCUCAUUUACUGUUCCUUAAUAUUGUUGUAGUUCUAUUUUCUUAUUGGUUACUUUAAUUUAAAAUCGGUUUGAUACCUGUGACAUUCAAUGACCCUUGAAAAAUGUGUAAGCUGAAACAUCGGGUUGAAUAAAUUAACUUUCAUGUGAA